UGUGUGAGCAAGAGCACCGAAUGUCUCGCUUCUGAGAUUUAUCUGUCCCUUUUCUUUUUCCCCUUUGUCUCCAUACUUUUUUAUAUUUUUUAUUAAAUAAAAAUCUCAAAUUUAUUUUUCUUUAGGUUUGCCCAUUUAACAAAGAAAGCAUCUCUUCUCCUCCUAUUAUAAACAACAAAACACCUCUUUCUGUUUUCUCUCUCUCUCCAUAUAUAUAUAUAUCCAUCUUCUGUACUAAGUGUAAUAUAUAUUUCUAAUAUCUUGACCUCACUCUUAAAGCCCUAACUUUGAAGGUUAAUCUCUCUGCAUCACAAUCAUGGAUGAAGAGUAUGAUGUCAUAGUUCUUGGAACUGGUCUCAAAGAAUGCAUCCUUAGUGGUCUUCUUUCUGUUGAUGGCCUCAAGGUUCUGCACAUGGAUAGAAAUGACUAUUACGGAGGAGAGGCUGCAUCACUUAAUCUUAUCCAGCUCUGGAAGAGGUUCAGGGGAAAUGAUAAGCCUCCAGCACAUUUGGGUUCAAGCAGGGAUUAUAAUGUGGAUAUGAUCCCUAAGUUUAUGAUGGCAAAUGGAAAUCUUGUACGAGUCCUCAUUCACACAGAUGUCACCAAGUAUUUGUACUUUAAAGCAGUGGAUGGCAGUUUUGUCUACAACAAAGGAAAGGUCCACAAAGUGCCAGCAACUGAUAUGGAGGCACUCAAAUCUCCACUGAUGGGUAUAUUUGAAAAGCGUCGUGCUCGUAAGUUUUUCAUAUAUGUCCAAGAUUAUGAUGAAAAUGAUCCCAAAACACACGAGGGAAUGGACUUGACUAGGGUGACAACCAGAGAACUGAUUGCAAAAUAUGGUCUUGAUGACAACACAAUGGACUUCAUUGGCCAUGCAUUAGCGCUUCACAGAGAUGACCGGUACCUCAAUGAUCCUGCACUGGAUACUGUGAAGAGGAUGAAGCUAUAUGCGGAGUCUCUUGCCCGUUUUCAAGGAGGAUCACCAUAUAUUUAUCCUUUAUAUGGAUUAGGAGAACUUCCUCAGGCAUUUGCACGGCUUAGUGCUGUUUAUGGUGGCACAUAUAUGUUGAAUAAACCUGAAUGCAAGGUAGAGUUCAAUGAGGAAGGCAAAGUUUGUGGUGUCACAUCAGAAGGUGAAACUGCUAGGUGCAAGAAAGUUGUUUGUGAUCCUUCUUACAUGCCAAACAAGGUCAGGAAGGUUGGUAGGGUUGCCAGGGCAAUUGCCAUUAUGAGCCACCCAAUUCCAAACACCAAUGAUUCUCACUCAGCUCAGGUUAUCCUGCCACAAAAGCAGUUGGGUCGUAGAUCAGACAUGUACCUUUUUUGCUGUUCAUAUACUCACAAUGUUGCUCCAAAGGGCAAAUUUAUUGCAUUUGUUUCAUCCGAGGCAGAGACUGAUCAUCCUGAGGUUGAAUUGAAGCCUGGAAUUGACCUUCUAGGUCCAGUUGAUGAGAUAUUCUAUGAAAUUUAUGACAGAUAUGAACCAGUCAAUGAACCCUCUUUGGACAAUUGCUUCAUAUCAACAAGUUAUGAUGCUACAACACAUUUUGAGUCGACUGUUACAGAUGUUCUGAAUAUGUAUAGCUUGAUCACUGGAAAGGAACUUGAUCUAAGUGUGGACUUGAGUGCUGCAAGUGCUGCAGAAGAAUGAGAAAAGCUGCAUUUGCUAUUGUUCUAAGUUGUAUGGUGAGAUUUGUCCCAUGAAAUGGAAUUUAGACUUGUAUUGCUUCACUAUAUCUACCAACUAUUUCAUGUAAUAAAACAAUGUUAGAUUCACUUCAUCUCUCUCAUGUAAGAUUUCAAACUUUAAAUCUGGCUUUGGCAUAUGUUGAGAGGUUAUAAUUUAUCUGUCGACAGGUUUUAGAUUAUCUAUUGCAUUGGAAUUUUAUGAGAAUGGAAGUCAAUGGGAAGUGAAGGAACUGUAAAACCAAAGUUAAUUAACAUUACUUUGUUUGGGAGUUUUAAAA